AUACGCGUCAACACGCAGCCUGUCCUAGUCGAUCGCCGAUCGAACAGUGGAAGAUCUUCAAGAUGGCGCAUGCAAUAUUUGAAGUGCUGGAAGGGAUGGACAACCAGACCGUGUUGGCAGUCCAGUCUCUGCUUGAUGGCCAAGGAGGGGUGUCUGACCCCAACAACCAGAACGUUUCUGCAACAUCCGCUAUCCAGUCUAUGGAUGAUGAAGACGUGUUCCUCUGUGGAAAGUGUAAAAAACAGUUUAACUCUCUGCCAGCCUUCAUGACACACAAGAGGGAACAGUGUCAGUCCAAUGCCCCCUCACUCUCCACAGUGUCCUUGGCUUCCACUAAUGCUUACACACCAGUGCCAUCAAUCAGCUCCGUACCCCAGGCUCCUGCAAACAGACAGGUAUCCACCUACAUCACUGUACCGCCCUCACCACUAACACACACUCUGGUUCAAGGCAACGUGCUGGUCAGUGAUGAAGUCCUCAUGUCGGCCAUCUCAGCCUUUACGUCCAUCGACCAGCCCAUGUCCAGCAUGCAGACACCUAUUCAGAGUAACCUAAGUAUGCACACAUCAGGGGUCUCUUAUCUUCAGCACCACCACCACCACCAUCAUCAUCAUCACCAACAGCCACAGCCUCCUUCCUCCCACCCUCUCCCUCCAGGUCAAACACCUGCCCACUCUCUUCCGUCUGCACAGCCGGGACAGCAGUCACUCUCCUCUCAAGUAGCUGUGAGUCACAGUAAUUCUGUGGUUCAGGUUUACAGUGCUCUGCCUCAUAUGGCAGGAGAAGGAGGGGGAGGGGGAGGAAAUGGAGGGGGAGUUGGUGGUGGUGGUGGACCAGAGAUCCACACCCUGGGUUUGCAGCCUUACCAUCCAGUACAAGUGCCCAGCCAGUGUGUGGAGAGUCAGUCCUUUACUACCCCUCCCGUCUACAGCCCUGGGAAACAGGGAACCAAAACAAAGAUCUGCAGCAUCACCAGCAAUCUGACAGAGCAGGGCUGUGAUUUUGAAAAGGUUAUAAUUUCCAAAAAGCUGAGGAGCAGCAAAAAAAGCUCAGACGCAGCCACAGCAGAGCAGCUGAAGGGAAAGGGGCCAAAGUUAAAGUGCAAUUUCUGUGAUAAAGUCUUCUCUAAAAACUUUGAUCUUCAGCAGCACAUUAGAAGCCACACAGGAGAGAAGCCCUUCCAGUGUAUCGUCUGUGGCCGAGCUUUCGCACAGAAGUCCAACGUGAAGAAACACAUGCAGACACACAAGGUGUGGCCUAUGGGUGCUGCCAACACGGUCUCAAGAUUACCAGUAACGGUGAAGGUGGUGCCAGUGUCGUUCAGUGAGGACGGAGGUGGAGUUGGAGGGGAGGAGGAGCAGCAGCAGGAGGAGGAGGAAGAAGAAGCUUUUACUACAGAAAGUUCUGCCAACCUGGAGGAGAAUGUGUCUGACGUUGGACCUGAUCCAGAGGACAGCAGAGGGGAGACGGUGCAGAACGGACAUCCUCAGACAGAGACACAGACUCAGUCGGAUCAGAGCCAACAUAUUGUGUUGAUUGACAGCUCCUAUCAGUGUCAGUUCUGUGCCUGCAAGUUCAAAACCUACUUCCAGCUCAAGUCCCAUCUCACUCAGCAUAAAGGAGAGCAGGUCUACAAGUGUGUGUUAAAGUCCUGCUCUCAGACUUUCCAGAAGUUGGAUCAGUUCUUGGAGCAUAUUAGGACACACCAGGAACAGCUGACGUACCGCUGCCACCUCUGCAGCAAAGUGUUUCCCUCACUGUUUGAACUGGGUGUCCAUCAGUACUCACACAGUUUCUGCCCACAGCAAAACACACGCAAGGAGAGCGCAGUCUACAGGUGUGUGAAGUGUCAGAGCAGAUAUUCUACCCAGGAGGCCCUGGAACAACAUCUGCUGACUGCCUCACACAACUUCCCCUGUCCACACUGUCAAAAGGUUUUUCCAUGUGAACGGUACUUCAGGCGCCACCUCCCAACGCACGGAGCUGGGGGAAGGUUUAAAUGUCAAACCUGUAAGAAGGCUUUCAAGACAGACCACUACCUCAAACUGCACACUCGCAUUCACUCAGGUGAGAAGCCAUUCAAGUGCUCCCUGUGUGAGGCCACGUUCAAUAGGAAGGACAAAGUGAAGAGGCACAUGCUCAUUCACGAACCCUACAAGAAAUACAAGUGUCCUUUCAGAACACAUGUGGGCUGCACCAAGGAAUUCAACAGACCAGACAAACUCAAGGCUCACAUCCUGUCACAUUCUGGAAGCAAACCCUUUAAGUGUCUGUACUGUCAGAAGACAUUCAGCCGCAAAGCUCACAUGCUGGAGCAUCAGCAGUCCCACACAGACAACUACCGCUUCAGAUGUUCCGCCUGCAACAAGGGCUUCACCAGACAGAGCUACUACAGAGACCACAAAUGCCCUGCAGUAGCUGGUGCCAGAGGAAGUGAAGGAGGUGCAGGUGGAGGGUCAAAGGGAGGUGAGGUCACAGGAGUGUCUUCAGUAGAGGGUCAAGAUAUGGAGGAGGAAAAUGGAGGGAGUCAUAGGUUUAUUAGAGGAGCCAAAAGGCCAGGAGCUGAUGAAGAGGAGAAUGGAAUCUCACAGGGAAGCAGAGACCAGGAGGCAGGAUGUGAGGAGAAGGAAGGAGAACGGAGGAGGACGCAAGAGGGUUGUCAGGCUGUGAUGUCUAUUUCCAACAUGGAUGAGCAGACCGUGAGGGAGGAGGAUGAGGAAGAGGACUUAGAACAUGACUGUGAGGCACUGGAGCAGAUUCAGAGCCAGAGCUGUUUGUAGCAGCCAUGUUUGUAGUUUACACAGUUCAUACUUUGAACAUUUCCCAACAAGGAACUUUAUUUAUUUAAAGACAAAAUAUCUGUUUUAACAACUAACAGCCUUUUAAUUUCAGUGUAAAAAAAGAAAGAAUUGUUUUACUAUUGUUAAUGUAAAUUACAUGACUAUAUUUAUGGUACAUUUGUAUAGUGUAAUUAUUGAACAAUAUUUCAGUCUAAAUUAUUAUUGUGAAAUAUUUAUUUUCUGUUAUUUUACAUUUGUUUUAUAUAUAAACCAAAUAACAUUUGAUGUUUUCUUUUUUUUCCAAUAAACAUUAGCACUUUUGAAGGACUUACAGUUAAAAACAUGGCUGGACAUGAAGUUUUUAUAACAGAAUAUUUUUGAUCAGUGUAGAUAUCUUUUGGCGACAAUUCUUUAAAUGUUGUUAACUGUAUUUUCUAUCAUUACAUUCUCUCCAGCUAAGUUAGCUCUAGGAGCUAAAGUUAAGAAAACAUGUUGCCUACUUUUUUGACUACUUCUGGCAUUUUGAGGGCUAGGUUUUAGCAGGAAUAACAAAAUAAUUAUUAGGAUAGGUCAUAUUAUUUCACAUUAUCAAAAAAAGCCAUUACACCACUUUGGUUGACAGCUGUUGCUAAGUCCUAGCCAUAUAUCUAAUAAGAAUACUUUAAAGGUUUCUCUUGUAAAUUCUUUAUGGUAACAGAGAAUUUUUGGGCCAUUAAAGCUAACAUAACUUUCUUUGCAAAACUUGAAAUUUGCACUACAUAACCUUAAGCAAACUAGAAAAGGUGUAGUUGCUAAACUUUAUGUAUUCCUAUCCUUACAAUGUAAGGAUUAAAAUAGCCAAGUACAAGGUAUAUCAAAUACAGGUUCAAAUUGUUUUAAAACAUUUUUUAAUAGAGUUAGCCAAGAUGUACUUACCUCCAGGCUAAUUAAAGCCCAAAAGGCUCAUUUUGAUACAACACUGAACACACCACCACGUUUCUCGUCACUUCAUCCGUGUCACAAACACACAGGCUUAUUUUUUAUUUAAUUUAUUAAGGUGACAUCUCUAUAUUACACAUCUUUUCAUGUACAUCAGAAAUUAAACAGGGAAAAGAAAAUAUAGUGUUACCGUAAACCUCUUAUUAAAACCAUUCUUUUACAAAAGAAAAAUCUUGUUAUUGACACCAUUUACAACUUAUUUUCUUCAAUGUACAGGUGAGUGACAGUGGUUGCGUUGUACACAGAGGAUUCUGGAGAACAAAGAAAUGUGAUUAAUUUAUUAUAUUUACAUUUUUCUUAUAUAUAAUAGGUUUCUUAGUGCCACAGAGCCUAGAAGAUAGAGAUCAAAUUCACCAUCAUCUCACACAAUGUUUUAAUAUUUUUUAAAUCCUCAAAUUUAGCAUCACCUAGCCUUUGAAUCAAGUCACAUACAA